GACAACUCAGAACUCAGAUGGAACAACAACUCAGAAUUCAGGUGGUGGAACAACAACUCAGAACUCAGGUGGAAUGACAACUCAGAACUCAGGUGGAAUGGCAACCCAGAACUUGGGUGGAAUGACAACUCAGAACUCAGGUGGAAUGGCAACUCAGAACUUGGGUGGAACAACAACUCAGAACUCAGGUGGAAUGGCAACUCAGAACUUGGGUGGAACAACAACUCAGAACUCAGGUGGAAUGGCAACUCAGAACUUGGGUGGAACAACAACUCAGAACUCAGGUGGAAUGGCAACUCAGAACUUGGGUGGAACAACAACUCAGAACUCAGGACCUCUUUACCCAAUUGCUGGACAGACAACUCAACCAGCUCUUGAUGGAAGCUCCCCUCAGAUUAUUCUACAACGACCUUUUGUGUAUUUUGGAACGCAGUAUAAUCAGAUUUAUGUGAACCAUAAUGGACACAUGACCUUUGACAGUCCAUGGUGGAUGUACAUACCUCAAAGUUUUCCAAUGUAUGGAAGCAGGGACAUAAUUGCUCCAUUUUGGACUGACUUUGACAACACAUGGACCGGUCUGGUGUACUAUAAGCAAUACACAAAUGGCAGCAUUCUCAACCAGGCAACAGAGGACAUCAACAAAUAUUUCCCACAAUUCAACUUUAAUGCUAACUGGGUCUUUGUAGCAACUUGGUAUGAAAUGCCCUAUUGGCUUCACCAGAGUGCACGAACAACAGUCCAGGCUGUCUUGAUAUCUGGGGGCCAGUAUUCCUUUGUACUGAUGAACUAUGGUAAAAUAACCCCUCCAUCUUGGAAUGUACAGGUUGGAUAUGACACAAUCAAUUCCACUCACCAUCUCACUGUUCCUGGAUCCUUCUCCAGUAAUGUUUUAGGCAAUUACUCAGUUUUCCGUGAUGGUAGUAACGUCAACGUGCCUGGUCGCUGGGCUUUCAGACUUGAUCAUGGAUCAAGAGGCUGCACUUUUCAAAACAUGUCUGUUCAAAUUGGGGACUCUUUCUGGAGUGACAGCACUUGUGCACAGAAGUGCACCUGCACCAGGGCAGGGCUGCAGUGCUACAAUGACCCCUGCUCCUUUUCCCAAAUUUGUCGGCCAGCUUCCUUUCAGUACUCCUGCCAGACAGUGCGAAGACGUACCUGCACCAUCAGCGGGGAUCCACAUUACUACACCUUUGACAACUCAGUGUUUCACUUUCAGGGUACAUGUACUUAUGUUCUGUCAGAACAGUGUCAGAAUGAGUUGCCUUACUAUAGAGUGGAGGGCAAGAACGAGCAUCGUGGCAGCACUCAUGUUUCAUGGACACGACUGGUCAAAGUCUUUGUCUAUAAUGAAACUAUUGAACUUGUUAAAGGUCAUCAUGGUGUGGCUAAGAUUAAUGGAAACUUUGCCACAGCUCCAUUCACCCUUAGACACGGCACUAUCCAAGUUUAUCAAUCAGGUUUUUCUCUGACUGUCAGCACUGACUUUGGUGUCAUGGUGUCAUACGACAUGAAUCACUAUGUCCAGAUCAGUGUGCCCUACACGUACCAGAAUAACACCUGUGGCCUAUGUGGAAACUUCAACAAUCACCCUGAAGAUGACUUUCGAACCCGUGAAGGUGAAGUAGUGAGCUCUGAUGUGGUUUUUGCAAACAGCUGGAAGGCACCAGGGGAUGAUGAGCCCGGCUGUGAGGCUCAGUGUGGAGGAUUGGCCUGUGCCGCCUGCUCAGCAGAUCAAUCAGCAUUGUACAGAAGUUCUGCUCACUGUGGUAUUCUUGAGGACAGUUCAGGACCGUUUGCUGCCUGCCAUCAACAACUCCCUCCAGGAUCCUUUGUGGACAGCUGUGUGUAUGAUCUGUGUGUCGGCGGAGGGUAUCAACCCAUUUUGUGCCAAGCGCUUAAUGUCUACUCAAGUCAGUGUCAACAAAAUGGUAUCCAGCCACAAAGCUGGCGGAGUUCUAACUUCUGUGAAAUCCCUUGCCCAGCUAAUAGCCACUUUGAGGCCCAAGGUACAGGAUGUCCAGCCACAUGCGUCAACCCUAAUUCAACCCACAACUGCCCCCUCCCUAAUCAGGAGAGCUGUGUCUGUGAUUCAGGCUACAUCCUAAGUGGUGGUGUCUGUGUCCCUCAUGCUGAGUGUGGCUGCAGCUUUGAGGGUCAGUACUACCGCUCAGGAGAAACUGUCAUAUUGGAUGCAGACUGUGGGAGGCGCUGCAGUUGUAGCGAUGGCUCCAUGAGCUGCAACCCUCACAGCUGUGGUCAACAUGAGUCAUGCACAGUGGAGGAUGGAGAAAGAGGUUGCAAACCAAACAGCUUUUCAACAUGUUGGAUAAGAGGCCCAGGAUCAUAUCAAACAUUUGAUGGGCUGAUGUACCAGUACCCUGGAGCAUGUCGCUUGACACUUGCUAAUGUCAUUGGAUCUUCAAACCACUCACACUUCAUGGUUACUGAGGAAAAAGUUCCAACGGGGGUACAAAGUUUUUCCAAAGUCCUAAAGUUUGAGGCAGAGGGAACACAUAUUGCCAUUGGGCUGUCAAAUAGUGGCACUGUUCAGGUUGAUGGUCAGCUAACUAGACUACCCUUCAGCUCUGGGUCUAACAGAAUCCGCAUCUUCCAAAGCAGCACUCAGAGCAUCAUCCUUCGUACAGCCUUUGGUGUAACUGUACAGACUGUCUGGCCUCACUUUGUGGGUAUCACUGCACCAAGUGUCUACAGUGGGUUAUUAGGUGGACUUUGUGGAAAUUACAACGAUGACCAGCAUGAUGAUUUCCGUACACCCAAUGGCACUCUGGUCAGUGAUUCUCAGGUGUUUGGGAACAGUUGGCGAGGUGGAUCCCUGGCAGAUCAUUGUGUGGAAAGCAGAUAUCAUAACUCUGCAGCCAAUUUCAGUUCCAGUGAGUACUGUGGAGUUAUUAGCUCUCACUCUGGGCCUUUUACAUCAUGUUGGGGUGCAGUGGACCCAGGGCUGCAAGUUAAUGCAUGUGUGGAGAUCCUCCAGGGCUCCAGAGAUCCAGCGUCAAAACUCUGUGAGGUCCUACAAGAUUAUGCACUGAUGUGUCAACACAAUGGGGUUUUCCUUGGACAAUGGAGGAAUGCAACUGGCUGUGAACUUACCUGUCCUUCAAACAGCCACUAUGAACUCUGUGAAAGUUCAUGUCCAUCGUCCUGUCCCAGCCUCUCUUUCCCCUUCACCUGUGACACUCAGUGCCAGGAUGGGUGUCAGUGUGACGAUGGGUUUGUUCUGAAUGGUAACCAGUGUGUCCAACCAACAUCAUGCGGAUGUUAUCAUGAAGGGCGCUAUCGGCAAGCUGGUGAACAGUUCUGGGAUGGUGAAGAAUGUCAGAGCUUUUGCACCUGUGUGAAUGGAUUUACCAGAAACCUGCCAGUUGUCUUUAAUGGAAGCCUGUCUAUUUUUGGAAGUGGAUCCCAAACAUUUGUCAAUGCAGACUUUGGAUUGAGUGUUACAUAUGAUGGAAGUAGCACAGUGUCCAUUUCUGUGCCCCCAACAUACAGAGGUAGUAUGUGCGGUCUUUGUGGGAACUUCAAUGGAAAUCGAAAUGAUGACUUCCACUCCCCAAGUGGAGCAGUGGUCAACACUCCAGAUGCUUUUGGGGCAGCCUGGAAGGUUCCUGGGAACUACACCUGCAGUGAUGGCUGUGGCUCCUCAUGCCCUCAAUGCAAUGAUGACCAAUCUGCCAGGUCCCAAUGUGAGGUGAUUCAGGCAGCUGACGGCCCCUUCAGCUUCUGCCACGAGGUGGUGGAUCCAUCACCAUAUUUCAGUGACUGUGUCUUUGAUGUCUGUGUGUCUGGAAAUCGGGGCAAUGAUCUUCUGUGCAGGGCCCUUGAAACAUAUGUCAGUGCCUGUCAGUCUGCUAAUGUCCAUGUCUAUCCUUGGAGACAAAACACCACCUGCAGAAUUGAGUGCCCAGUCAACAGUCAUUAUGAGCUGUGCGGAACAGAUUGUGGCAACACCUGUGCCAGCAGCAUUGAUGCCACCUGUGACCAUGUUUGCUCUGAGGGAUGUUUCUGUGAUGAUGGUUUUUCCAGGAGUGGAAGCAGCUGUGUUCCUGUGGAAAGCUGUGGCUGCCAAUAUGAGGGCUUCUACUUCAAUUGUGCAGAUUACGAGUGGUGUGGAAAGAAAGAUGGUGUAUACGGCUGCUUCUGUGAUGAGCACCAUCAUAGACCCAACAAUGAGAGCUACGACUCAAGCAUCCAAUGUGCCAGCAGUUCAGGCAACAUGUCAAUAUCUCGCUGUCAGCUUUUUGAAGCUGGCUUCCAUCCCACUGCUCUCCACCUACGAGAUUCCUCCUGCAAUGGGACUCUGCAGGACGGACGCCUGGUCUUCCACUUUGACAAUGACAACCAUCUGUGUGGGACAGCUCUGAGGAGCAAUGGAACUCACUUCAUGUACGAGAACACCAUUCAGGGGAACGUGGAUCCUCAUGGAGGUCUAAUCAGCCGUCAGAGAAACCUUCAUCUGCAGUUCUCCUGUAUUUACCCUCUGGCCCAGGCACUGUCAAUGGCUGUUGGUAUUAAUCCUCUUGAGAGCAUUUUGAGGAAGAAGCUUCCAAUUGGCACCGGAUCAUAUCGUAUGAGAAUGAUCCCAUAUGAAGACGAAAACUUCCUCUUCCCACUCAGCACUAACAGAAACAUAGAAAUGGAGGUUGAUGAGAUGUUUUAUGUGGAAGUGAGAACAGAAGGAGUGGAUCAGCGUCAGUUUUCCACGGUUCUGGACUCUUGCUGGGCCACACCAGUCAAUCAGGCCAACUACCCUGUUCGCUGGAAUCUCAUUAUUUCACAGUGUCCUAAUCCAGAAGAUGGAACAGUAGAGAUGAUUCAAAACGGUGUCUCCACUGUAGCGCGUUUCUCCUUCAGAAUGUUCACCUUUACCAACCACACAGAGAUGUUCUUGCACUGCAGUGUACAUUUGUGUCUCCUGAGAAACAACAACUGUACAGCUCACUGCUAUCCUGGACACCACAGCCGAUUCCAGAGGGACAUAUCUUACCAUGACUCUGCAGCUCUAUCACUUGGGCCACUAGUCCUCAGAUCACAACAGAAGACUGGUGCACAAAUCCAAAGAAAUGAGGCUUCAGGCUGUCUGACAUCAUCUGUUACCCUGAUUGUCAGCUUGUUAAUGGCCAGAAUUUUUGUAAAUUGAGAUCAAUGAAGAAUCAUACUUUAAAACACAGUGUAUUUUGUCACAUGAUUGAUGAUGGUUAGAGGCCUUUUUAGGUUUCUUGUACUUGUAAUUGGAUGGGGAAAAUAUGUAUGUUAUUAACAGCUUUGUUCUUUAAUUAAUAGAAAAAAUCUUAAAUGCUUAUCUAUUGAUGCAUAAAGUUAAAUUCUCAAACAUAUUUGUUUAAAAAUUGGCCAACCUUAUUCACAACUGAAAAUUCUGAUUUGUUACCUGAAGUAACACAGAUACAUUAUUUACAUUUGUGCAAAUAUUUAACAUCUGAAGCACCACUGUUUUCCAGAAAAAUUGUGGGAUUUUUUUGGGCCGUUACUUGCUGGUAAUAUCAGAGAAUGUGAACUAUUUACUACUUUUGUGAGUUUUAGGGUUAGAUAUAUAGAGGGCUAAAUAACGUGGAAAGAUCUUAAAGUGUCAAAUAUAAUCAAAUGGGUAUGAUUUUUUUUUUAUAUUGAAAUUCUGUUUAAUGUUUUAUUUGGUACAGGGAUAUAUAUAUGUUUGAUUUAAAGUGCUCUAAAAAUAAAGUUGAUGGUGAUGAUGAUGAUGAUGAUGAU